CGGGACUAUAGCUUGACAGCAGCAAAUACAACACCCGGCUCUCCAGCAUGAUAGCGUCCAACCCGGGUGACUAGUCUUCAAGAGGCACAAGUACCCAGGCGGUCCUGUGACUAACCCCACUGCCCAGACAGAACAUAUAAUACCACCGUAUAGCUGCACGCCCUCCAUCCCGUUAUCUUUUGCGUCCUGAUCUGCCCAUGUCGAGCUGCCCAAAGGCAAAGCAAUCGCAAAUACCUUUUAUGUACCGUUCCAAGUAACGAAAAAAAAACCAAUCCAUGGCCCUGCUAUCGCCCGCCCUCGCCGCGGCGGCGCUCGCGCUCGCGUGCGUCGUCUACGUGGUGCGCCAGCUGCUCCUCUCUGGCCUGCGGCGCGCGCCGGGGCCCUGGCACACGCUCCUCACGGGGGCGGCGCUGAGGUGGCACGAAUUUCACGGCAACCGAACGCGCUACGUGCACCACCUGCACCUCCGGCACGGCCCCGUGGUGCGGCUGGGCCCCAACGAGCUCGCCUUUGCGUCGACCGAGGCCGCGCGCGAGAUCUACUGCUCCGGCGGCAGCGGCUACGACAAGACCGAGUUUUAUAACCUGUUCACCGUCUACGGCAGGAGGACCAUGUUCUCGACGCUGAACAAGGAGGAUCAUGCCAAGAAGAAGAGGAUCUUGGCCGACAGAUAUGCCAACAGCAACGUGAUGCGCCAGCCCGCCCUCGCCGGCAUCCAGCAGUGCGCCCGGAACUUUGCCGACCUGUGCGGUGCUUCUGUGGGCAAGAGUCUUGAUAUCUAUAUCGGUAUGUGCAUUUGCCCAUCGGCCGCCUUUACCCCUUCUAUGAUAUCGUAUGCAUCACAACCAACAACCCCCCCUCAAAAAAAAAACACAGCCCUCCACUCGUACGCAUUCGACUGCGUGACGCACCACCUCUUCCACCCCUUCGGCGCCAGCUCCCUGCGCAGCAAGGCGGACGAGGAGGUGAUGCGCGAGGUCACCUUCGACGACAGCCUGCAGAACCGGCUGCUCAAGCACCACAGCCCGACCCUGCACGCGCUCGCGGGCCGCGCCGUGGCGGCGCUCGCCGGCGCCCGGCCGCGCGAGACGCCGCUGGCCGACCGCUUCGUGCUCGAGACGACGGCGCGCGCCAAGGCCUCGCCCUUUACGCUGCUCAGCCGCAUGCACGACAGGAAGAAGGCAGCGGUCGAUGGCGAAGCAGCGAGAGGAGGAGGAGGAGGGCUGGAGCAGGUCGACAUCGCGGCCGAGUGCUGCGACCACAUGGUGGCCGGCAUCGACACCACGGGCGACGCGCUCUGCUUCCUCAUGUACCAGCUCUCGCUGCCCGAGUCGGUCGCGCUGCAGCGCCGCCUACAGGCUGAACUCAAGGGCGCACAGCAGCAGCAGCAGCAGCAACCCGACGGCGGGACGACGCCGACGACGACAACACAGUUCGACCGCCUCCCGUUCCUAGACGCCGUCGUGCACGAGGGCCUGCGCUGCUUCCCCGCCAUCCCCAUGUCGCUGCCGCGCUACGUGCCGGCGGGCGGCCGCACCAUCGACGGCGUCUUCGCGCCCGCCGGCACCGUCGUCAGCUGCCAGGCUUACUCGGUCCACCGCCUCAACCGCGACGUCUUCCCCCGCCCCGAGACCUUUGACCCGGACCGCUGGCUCCGGCCCGAGGGCGACGCCGCUCGCCGCCGCCACAUGUUUGCCUUUUCCAACGGCGGCAGGGGCUGCAUCGGGAAGCACCUGGCAUUGGCAGAGAUGAAGCUGCUGCUCAGGGACGUCUACUCGCGCUUCUCGACCGCCCCGGACCCCUGCAUGACGCCCGAGUCCAUGGCCAUGUCGGAUCAGCUGAUCUCGUCGCGGCCCGCGGGCCAGCGGUGCCUGUUGCGCUUCAUCCCCCUCGAGGACCACGCCUAGUAGCGGGCCAAGAGUAGUCUUUGCUUACGGCCAAAUAGUUCUGGGGCAAGCCUCCCGCAUGCUCAACAAACCCACAGACCUCUGGACACGUGGUUCCGCUUGCCGUGUUCGACACAAUCCUGGAGUCCUGCAUCACCAAUGCCAAGAUGCUCGUUCGACAGCCAUCUUUUCGUCGCCAUUGGGCCCAUGUUCGGGAUCUGCAGGCAAUAGCUGGCAAAGACGUGGCAGACUCUAGGAACGAGGCAGGAGUCGAGAUUGGAUCGACAUCCACCUUCUCUCUUUGGGCUUCCCAGCAGGAAGACCGGUGUCAAUUUUGAUAGGCAUCCCGGGAGAUGGCUGCUGAUAGGCUCAGAUGAAGAAUCAGAAAAUCAAAACUUUUUUCUAUGCUCGAA